CUAUUUGACCAUAACACAAAAUUCACCCACACCUCUCCUUUAGUCCUUACACGUCCAUCUCUCUCCCGAGCCACAUCAAACCAACCAAUAAACAAACAAACCAAAAGCCUACCAAAGGAAUGGCUGCUCCAUACUCCGUAGGUCAGCAUUACCAAAACCCAGAAAGAACUAGCAUAAUUCGUCUGUAAUUCUCUAUACCCAUUUCUCCCAAGCCAAAGAAAAUUCAUAAAAAGGGGAACUUUUGCUUUACUUUCUUUGGAAAAAAAAUGGAUCUUUGUUUCAGCUUCGUUGAUUUCUAGAGCGUGAUUGCGGAUCUAUUGAUUAUUUUUCUGGGUAGUGAUUGAUUGAUGAUAUUUGCAUGCGGUUUUAUUAGAUUCAGUUAAUUGGAAUUCUUGUACGGGGGGUUGGGGAGUCAUGACGCCAGAUCUGGUGAUGUAAUUGCAAGAAUCAAAAGUUUAGUUUCUCGUUAAAUUACACGUGACGUCGAGACAACAAAGCUCAGGUGGUGGUGGUGUUUGGGUAUUGGGAAUUUUGAAGAUGGACUUGGACGAUUUUCGAUUGGUGUUGGAGAGUUCGGGCGUGGAUGUUUGGACUUUCAUUGAUACGGCGAUUUUGGUUGCUUCUUUGGAUAACAAGGCUGAGUUGAAGCAGAGGAGGGACAAGAUUGUGGAGAGACUCUACGCGACGAGUCUGGUGAGUCGGUGUACAAACUGUGAUUUCAAUGGCGGUUUGAGGGCUGAUAUUAAGGCCAUCACCGUCGAGAAAGAAAGCAGCCCUGAAGUCAAACCCCGAGGCUCGCCUUCUACGCCACAGUCAAUCAAUGGAGAUGAUGAUUUGGAUCCAUAUGGAGGGUUGUUCGAUGAUGAACAGAAGAGGAUUCUUGAAAUCAAGGAGCAUCUUGAAGAUCCUGACCAGUCUGAAGAUUCUUUGGUGAAUUUGCUUCAAAGUUUAGCAGAUAUGGAUAUAACAUUCAAAGCUCUCAAGGAGACUGAUAUUGGAAGGCAUGUGAAUCGCUUGCGAAAGCAUCCAUCCAAUGAAGUUAAGAGACUAGUGAAGCAUCUCGUCAGGAAAUGGAAGGAUAUUGUAGAUGAGUGGGUAAGGUUGAAUCGGCCAGGAGAAGUUGCAUCCUCUACACUCAUGGCUUAUGGAGAUUCACCCCAGCAGAAAAUCAGCCAAAAUGGUCAUCAUCAGGUUCCUGAUUUUGCAUACUCUCCAAAUCCCCACAAUGGGAACAUUUCUGAACCGGAACGGAAGCCGGAAGUGAUCCCUAUAAAAGAAACUCCGGCUAAACCCAACCGGUCUCCUUUUGCAUCUGGAUCUGCUCCUCAAAGUUUCCUGAGACAGAGAGAACAAAAAGAUAGCACAUUUGAUUCAAACAAGCUGGCCUCGGCAACGAAACGGCUUCAAGAUAACUACAAGGAAGCAGAAAAUGCCAAAAGGCAAAGAACGAUUCAAGUGAUGGACAUUCACGAGAUACCAAAACCCAAGAAUGCCUUCUUUGGAAAGAACAGAGGCAGCGGGGGUUCUCAUGGGAGGCAUCGUUGAUUUUGGCAAAAAAAAAAAGCAGAGAUUACCACAAUUAAUACAAAGGGGUAUUGAAAAAACACUGGGAAAACCCU